AUACAAAUUACACUAAUUUUUGAAAAUCAUUCUGUUUCUAGUUUUCGAUGAUUUCAAUCGCUUACUUAUCAAAUUUGAAAAACCUGAGUUGCAAUGGAAAUGGGGCAUUACAUAUUCACAUAAAAAAUAUCAAAUUUGAAAAUAUUAAUUUUUGGCAACUUGCACCAAAUAUUAAUUAAGCUUACAGUACAACAAUGACCACUAAAUCUGCGCUCGCAUGCGCCAAAGCCUUGGAGGGCAUCAACGACAAGGACCUGAUCAGCAACAUUGGCUCCGGCGUUGGUGCUGCCCCAGCUGGCGGUGCUGCUGCCUCUGACGCUCCCGCCGCUGAGGCCAAGAAGGAAGAGAAGAAGAAGAAGGAGGAGUCUGAUGUGUCUGACGAUGACAUGGGCUUCGGUCUCUUCGUUUAAGAAGCAAGCACUUGUAACAUACCUAAGCAACAUCAACAUCCCCUGCGUAUAUAAAGUAAAGUUUUAUCUUUCCUCAACUUUUUCGUACACGUUUUAAUGUACAAAGAAUGCGGCGUGGAAAUAUAAUUGUUUACUUAAUUAUAAUGAUUUGGCAGCUUCCUAGUCAUCGAGGUGAUCAAUAUCUAACGUAUUUGGCGUUAAGAGCAUGGGCUCGCUGCAGGUUGACUCAUCCACUAAUGAAGAUAGUGAACCAUUCAUUUUUGAGCCUGCUAAGUCCACCUGUUGCUCGUCAUCAUCCACCCCUCCACCAUGCGACCGUUGCAAUGAUGAAAGUAACGGGUCGUGUCCACCAGAAGAAUCACACUCAUUGAGCAUAUUAAAUGGAGACGCUGGUGCUCUCCUCGCCUUGAUUGAAGACUAGAGUGUUUUCGACACCGUCAAAUCACUCCAUUAUUCAAUUGUUCUUAACUAAGCUGCUGAAUAGCUGUUGCCUUCGGUCCAAACCUAUUGCAACAUUGUUGUAACUGUGUUGAAAUAGGGGAAUGCGGUGACGAUAGCAAAUGGCUACAUUGAGAGCAUUGGAUCUCCUCCCUGUACAGGAUGUUUACAAUCUUCCAUCAUCAGCUCAUCAAUUUGAUUUAAGCCCAUGUUACGAUCGUUACUAAUUAAUGGAAUCUGUAAAAAUAUAGGCAAAUUUGUAUUAUUACAUGUUACCAUUAUUAUUAUUAACUCGCAGCUUCGCCCGCGUUACAUUUUUGUGGUUAAAGAUAAUACUAUAUAUAGUAUCGUGAACCUAAUAAUUGACUUCGGUUUGGAUGUCUCUUACUGCUACACGUCUGAAGACUAUUUUAAUCUUUUAAAUAUAAAAUAAAAAUAUAAUAAAAAAAUUGUUUCAACUAGAUACGUUAACAUUUAAAAUGGAUUAUAACAAGUAAGAAAGUUACAGUCGAGUGUGCUCUACCCAUUUUAAAUAAAAACAAAAUAAUGCACUAUUAUUUUC